UCUAAAGUCAUCCAAUUUCAUUCAUUUGAGAUGGCUGAGUUGAAGACAUUGUUGGCGCUGUUCGCUCUUUUGGUAGGAGUUCAAGUUCAAGUUUCAUCAGUAGAAUGCAGUAACAACCUAGCCGAAACUAAGGGCAUGUACUCCGACCUACCGCAGUGUUGUGCCGAUUCUCAUUAUCGGAAAUCGGGCAUCCAGAUCAUCCAACCUCAACCGGGCUUCGGUGAGCCGUUUGGAGUGUUCUGCGAUCAAGAUUACGAAGGAGGGGGAUGGACUGUCAUCCAGAAUCGCUACGAUGGAUCGGUUAACUUCUACCGGGGUUGGAAACAGUACGAGGAAGGAUUUGGCAGCAUGGAGGGAGAGUUUUGGCUAGGACUGAAGAAGAUCCACGAGCUGACGUAUUCGAAAAAGUACGAGUUGGUAGUUCUGAUGGACGAUUGGAAUGGUUACCAGGCGGUGGCAAAAUAUAGUCGAUUUUCGGUGGCAGGUCCGGAGGAGAAGUACACGUUGAAAAGUGUAGGAAUUUACUCCGGAACUGCGGGAGAUUCGCUGAAUUAUCAAGUAGGGAUGAAGUUUUCUACCUUGGAUGUGGAUAACGACUUGGUUAAGGAUGGGGCUUGUGCCGUUAAAUAUCAAGGGGCAUGGUGGUAUGCGGCUUGUCACGAAAGCAACCUUAAUGGAGCUUAUGUCAGAGGAACAGUAACAGAUUUCGCCACGAUGAUGUGCUGGAAAUCCUUCAGAGGUUACUAUUAUGGACUGAAGACCUCGCGAAUGAUGAUCAGAGCUAUCAACUAAUUCCUACUUAACCUAAAUUAAAUGAAAUAAACGAAUUAGAUCAGAUGUCCUAAUAUUGAGACUAGUA